AUGGUCAUUCAGGGAAAAGAAGGCAUGUCAAAUCCAUGCUAUGAAUUUACCCAGAAUGCCUGGAAAAAGGAACUCUGUGUCAAUUGCCAGAGACCAAGGGGAGAGCACUCUAUUAUUGAAGAUACACAACCAAGAAGUUCCCCUGUGCCUGCCAAACGGAGUUCACUUCUCAUGAAAACAUCCUUUAAUGCUACAUUAGAGAAUGUGGUAGAUGGAUCAUCAAAAUUACGUCGGGACAGUAGUGCAGAUGACUGGCCAAUCAGUGAUGCUGACUGGUGUGUCAUCGAUGACCAGAAACCAGAACCGCGACACAAAUCUGUCAACCAUGAACCAGAAAAUGUGUCAUCUAGAAAGCCUGAUGUAAAGCAGGAAGGUAUCUCAGAUAAUAAAAUGGUGCUGAGUAAAUCUAAAGUGUCUUUUCUACAAGAUGAACCGGUUGUGAUUGGGGACGAUGGGGGAUGGGACAAUUUGACCUCUGACCUAGAAGAUGCUCUGAACGAGUCUGAUUCAAGUGAGGAGGUUUCCUUUACAGAGGAGGAGAAAGAAUUCCUUCUCCUGGCUUUAGAGAACACAUUAUGGAAUGGUGAUAAUCGUAACCUUCUAAAUAAGACUGUGGAUAGUGUGAGACGAAACUCCAGUAAGGAGUUUGAGGAUGUUCAGACACUAUGGAAGGCAGACAGGUUUGCCACACUUAGAGACUGUGAUAAACUCAUACCACGACGUUAUGGGACAUUUCCCCUGAGAAACAAAACAAACAAGAAAAAGUUAGAAAACAUGUUCGAGGAAAAAUCGAAACAUAUAACAAAUAUUCAUCUUCAGAGGAUAUCAGAAUAUGAUGGAGAAGGAAACAACUCCUCAUCUGAUUUAUCAAGGAUCAAACCAGAAUUACCCCAAAAAAGUAAACGUGUGUCAGACUUCGACCUUUUGUCAGAUAACAAGGCAGUUGAUGAGGAGGUAAAAGACGUGGAUGAGGUGUUUACAACAGAUGAGGAUUUGUUUGAGUCCUUUAACCCCGACAUUGAUUUAGAAUCAUCGACUGCGGGCAUGGCCUUAGUGGAUCUUCUCAACGAUGUUUUAGCUAAGUACAGUGAUAGUGAGUCCUUCAAAGGGAUAGAAGGUCACGAACUCUUACCAGAGGUCACCAAGGAGGAACUACAGCAAGUUGUGGAAAUGGGGGAAGAGGGGCCAGAAAAACUGGAAUCCAAAUUCCCCAAAGGCAGCAUCAAGUCAAAAGAGUUUGAGGCCAAAUUAGCCUCACUUGCUGCCACGUUAGAUCUAUCUAAAAAGAAAAGUAAAAAACCAGCUCCACGUCCUCCAUCAGGUCCACCUCCUGAGCCCAUAGUAUCAAAAAGUGUUCCGAAUUUAUCCGAACCAAGUUUUAAAAUGGUUCCUGUUGGAAAACCAAUAUUUGACCAAGGACAGGGUGAGAAACCACUCUCCCCAAAACGGACGUCUGACUUUCAGACAGAAGUAGUUGAUGCAAGCAAAUCCAAGACAGAACGUUCCAGUAAAAAGGGUAUAACAUCAUUUUUCAGAAACAUAUUACGGCGUGGGCGAGACUCCAUUGACAGUACUUCUGAGCAGGAGUCUGGUGUAGAUAAUACAAUGAAGUCCCAGACCUCUGUCACAAACUCCAAUGGAAGUUCUACAGAAAGUCUGGGGAGUAAAACAGAAGGGCCUCCAUCACCCUCGGCAACAGAGAGUGUAGGAUCCUCCCCUGUAAUGAAAAUGAAAGUUUUACCUGCCAAACCAACAAGGACAAGCCUCAUAAUGACUACAUCUGACAAUGGGCAAAAGGGCAAACAGUCACCAGAAAUGACAAGAGCCCCCAAGGGAUCCCCAAAGGUCUCUAAAAAGGAUCUUUCAAAGUCUCUAGAAAGGGUCCAGGAAGAAGACUCCAAGAAGAAAACAGUGGAAAGAAAAGGCUCAGACAAAACAGCAGACAGAAAGAAAAUGUCAGAGAGAAAAGAUUCUGAAUCAGGCAUUGAUAAGAAAGGAUCAGAUAGGGGAGGUAACUCCAAGGCUUUGGAGAAAGGGAUAGAGAGAAAAGGAUCAGAUAAGGAGAUUCCCAGUUUACCUACAAAACCCCCACCAUUAACUACUAGACCCAAGCCAGUCAACUUGCCUGCUAAACCUCCACCUGCGACUCCACAACCCCAGGGUCAAGCUAAGCCCCCCGCCUCACCACAACCUGUUGUACCAACUCAGACUGUUCCUAGGCAACAGAUGACCUCAUCAACAGAGAGUCAUGAGUCAGUUAAGGAAAGAUCUGCUAGUAUCAGUAGUCAUGAAGGACCAGAGGAAAGAGGUUCAGAAACUCAAAAUAAUGAUGGUAAACCUGUCAAAGUUCGGAGGCGUGCAAAAAGUCCUAAAAGAUCUGCAGCUCCAAUCCGACCACAGGCACCAGCUAAAGCACCAGAAAAUCGCAACUCUCUCUUUACAAAGGAAUUAGAAAUGAAGAUAUGUCGUGGCUUUGGAGAUCAAACGAAGCCUCCACUGGAGCCUAGACCGAGGCCACCAAUAGAUACAAAAAUGUCCUUGUCUGCUUCUCAGCCUUCUGUGUCACCGACCUCACCAGAAGUUUCAGUCAUACCAGCUGCAAUGUCUGCCAGUGUAACAGAGAUUAGGAGUGAUAACCAACCUGUAAGUCCGUCUCAAGAUAUACCUGCUGCUGAAAAAAUUGAACUUCCUCGUGCACAAAGCAGAAAAAGUUUUCUUGGUAAAUUGGGAAACAGGAAGUCUAGGGCACCCCCAAGGCCCCCAUCUAUAGUGAAGCGAGCAAAAUCUAUUACAGAGAAUUCUCUCUCCAGUGACGGACCAACAAAGAAGCUGGAAGCCUGUGACAUAUCUGGUCCAGUGCUGAUUUCUGACAUGACAUCCAGCCAAGUGGUCAGUCGGUCAAGGAGGAAUACCAUCACAAUCGGCGAUGACUGUAGCUUUGUGUCUGGCGGAUCUACUUCUUCAGGUUCAACUAACGAUAAGUAUGAUGAAUGGCCACAGUUCUCUCCCCUUGGAUCCAUGGACAAUCUGUAUGAGCCUAUUGUCCCAAAGGACCCACCUCCUCCCCCACCAGAUGGUAAUGUGUAUGACCCAAUCUCCGCCAAGGCCAGCCAACCAUCACUUAGUUUUGUUGGUAGCUGUCAAUUACCCACCGAAGGUUAUCUGGAGCCUGUCAGGUCGUCAGACCUACAAAGAGACGCAACUCUACAACAAUCAAGGGACACAACUCUGGAUUUUCCUGAUACUGCAGACAUUAGUGAGGAAAGACGUAUAUUAUUAGCAUCACAACCAAUUUAUGAGGAGAUAAAUGGUUAUGCUAAAGAUUUACCUGUAAAGGAAACAUGCAGGACAGAUUCUAAAGAUAAAUUAACUGUUAAAACGUCUUCAUCAUUCAAUGAGAGGGACAUUCAGCCAUCAACUGUUUCUCCAUCAGCAUCCCACAAUGCAUUUUCUUCAGAAUCAGAAUCAUCUUCUGCAUCAAGUACGUUAAAUCGACCAAAACCAAUUCCAAGGCGACGGCCUGGCAGAAAGACUGAGAGUACUGGCUCUGAGCAGCCGUACGUAGCCAUGAACCGACCUAGUAUUGCAGUAGCCUUAAAUGAGGCUGAGGUUCGGGACAUGCUCAACCAACUCACAUCUCAAAUUUCACAGACUUUACGCGAAAUCUAUACGCAAUAUGAGAGAGUGUUUACCAAAGAGACCGUCAAUCUUAAUAUCACUGGUGCGGGGCCAAUUAAGUGGGUGGAUUUUGAUAUUUAUGGUAAACCCAUCCAUACAUCAGAGAGAUGUGUGGUUUACAAUGCAAAACUGAAAACAACUUCCACAACCUGUCAACUGAUGCUCCUUCAUACAAAGCCUGAACUGACCAGUGUCCAGCACUCAAGCCUGCUAAAACCAACGGUCAUCUUCAGCGACAAUAUUCCAUUCUCUUAUCUCACAGAGGACUUCAUCAAAACCAGCCAACUCCUACAAAACCUUCAAAACCCAGUCAACCAAUCAAAUAUGGCCAAGUGUUUCGUAGCCAUUGGUCUGUUCGAUGUGAAUAGUGAUCUUAAUCAUAAGUUAGCAAUUUUAAAAGAUCGUUUUAGUGCUGAUCCUGGUAACAGUUCCACAGAGCUGGAAACCCUGCUGUUUUACAUGCUACAGUUACUUAGUGCUAUAUCUCACUGUCUGGACCAAGGCUUCACACUGGGUGAGGCCAAUUUUAGGGAUGUCUUUAUUGUCAGUAACGGCAGUCACUGCCACGGAGAUAUCAUUGGUUUUCUUCCUCAUCAACGGCUGCAUGACUCCUCAAAUGUGGAUUCUGUGUGUGAACUGCUGGAACGCUAUUUUACAGAUACACUUGUGAACGUCAGUGAUGAGGAUUAUGAAAAGCAUUUCUCUUGUAUCGCUACAAUUGAACGCAUGCUGCAGACGCGACGUUUGGACUCGUUAGCUCUGGUACGAAGUUAUGUGGAAUAUUUACUUUGGGGUCCGAAAGGCGAUAAGUGGCAGAGUGGUGCUGACCGUUUAAGUAACCUUGAACCCCAACUUUCCAUGUGGCUGGAACGAGAACGAGCUGCGCUUAUUCAUAAAUUUGCAAGCAUUCCUAUUGGCUCUGUGCGCGAGUGUUCAGUGUUGGAUUUCUAUCACAUGAAGUUUCUGCUCAAGUCUAGUGCUGUGGGCAUGUCCGAGUGUAUGCGACAUCAUGUAUCAUACUCCUGA